UUGGCCAGGCUAUUCAACAGGACAAUCACGGCAGUACACGCACCUGGAUAUGGGCUUCCGUUUGAUCUGGUUCUCGCGCUUCUUCAGCAAUCUCUCAACAUCAUGAUCCCUUUUGCUUCUUCUCGUACCUUAUAUACACAGGUCCGGACCGCGCUGUUGGACAAGCAUAAUAGACGAACUGUCAUUAUGGCUCACAAUAUUGGCGCUAUGACAACAUCCCAUGUCCUUCGGCAACUUUACACCGAUGUGCCAACUGAAAAGCUGUCAAAGCUAGAGAUAUACACCUUUGGCGCGGCUGCCACCGACUUCCCCAUGCCCUUGGGUGAUCGUCCUGUUGAGACAAAAAAGACCGGCGGUCAGGUCCACGCGCCAGAGCUUGUAGCAAUGAAUUCCGGUCCGCACAUUGAACAUUUUGCCUUUACUAAAGACCCUUUUGCGCAGAUUGGGGUUCUGCGGAGCGUCAGAGAGAAUCUACAAGGCCGCUUCUGUGGAUCUGUGUUCGUGUUGGAUUGCGCUGGCACAGCGCAUCACGGGGUCGGCGCUCUGAGAGGGGACACGAAACCAAAACGUACUGGAAGGCUUACCGCUGCAUCUAUCAAGGCGAAAAUCUCGUCUCGCUCGGUUAUGUCGCUGAACGACUACAUGUCUUGCUUGUUCCCCGACCAGUCUCAACUCAGCCCUUCUGUCAAGGCAUGUGGCACGCAGAACCGCAGCAUCCUUGAUAAUUUCAUGCAUAUCGACCGAGAUCUUGCAGAGAAGCGUGAGUUUGCCGCCUUAGCCAAGGACUCGGCCUUACAGAGCACCAGGGGCGAGAAGAAGAGGCUGAGCUGGACAGGGCUCGGCGCCACCGCGAAUGAUUCGAAAGGGAACAUCUCCGGGUUGGUCGGGUUGGAAAUGGCGAGGAAGGGCUGCAAGGACUGCAAUGGCCACCGAGGCAGGGAAGUCAGUUGGCUGGUGAGAUAUGUGUGCAUUCCAAGUCAUUGCAAUACGGAGCACAAAGCCGCCGGGACGAGGUUGACUUGA